AUGGCUGUUGCAAGGCCGAUUGUCAAUGUGUAUGGUGUAAAUGGCGCAUCUACGGGUGCUACAAUUAAGAUGCCAGGAGUCUUUACUGCCCCGCUUCGUAUGGAUCUCCUAAAUUUCGUCCACGAUCAAAUGCGCAAGAAUUCAAGACAGCCUUAUGCGGUUAGCACUAAAGCCGGUCAUCAGACUUCUGCAGAAUCUUGGGGAACUGGGCGAGCCGUCGCUCGUAUACCUAGAGUUCGUGGUGGUGGUACACACCGGUCAGGUCAAGGAGCUUACGGCAACAUGUGUCGUGGUGGUCACAUGUAUGCCCCAACUAAGACGUGGAGACGGUGGCACAGAAAAAUAAAUGUCCAGCAGCGGCGGUAUGCUAUAUGUUCUGCAAUCGCAGCCACUGGGGUUCCAUCUCUGGUCAUGGCUCGUGGACAUCGUUGUGAUCGUGUACCUGAACUACCUCUUGUAUUGUCUAAUGACGUAGAGUCGAUCAAGAAAACUAAAGAUGCAGUAAAGCGUUUCCGUGCAGGGAAGGGUAAGAUGAGGAAUCGACGUCGCAUUCAGAAACGUGGACCGAUAAUAAUUUACAAGAAGGAUGAUGGGAUAUCACGUGCAUUCCGAAACAUACCAGGUGUUACAUUGAUCAAUGUUAGAGCUCUGAAUCUGCUCAAGCUUGCUCCGGGUGGUCACAUGGGGCGUCUAGCUAUUUGGUCGGAUGCAGCUUUUAGACAGCUUGAUAAAAUCUACGGCACAUGGAAAACAGGAAGUGUUAGGAAGAAUAACUUCCAUCUUCCUAUGGCAAAAAUGGUCAAUUCAGACCUUGGUAGACUUUUACACUGUCGUGAAAUCUCAUCUGUUGUCAAAUCCAGGCGUAUGCAUUUACAACGUCCAGGUCCUAAAGUUAAGAAGAAUCCACUGAAGAAUCAGCAGGCUCUGCUGAAAUUGAAUCCCUUCGCACUUGGAGAGAAACACUUCAAAAUCGCCCUUCAACGUGCCAUCAUCAAUGGGAAACUCAAGCGUAAGGCGGCUAGCAAAGGUAACGAGGUCCCGACGAAAGUGUCCAAAAGCGAAGAAGUGAAAUAA